AUGGAUCAGUGGUGGGGUGGCAAAGGCGGCCAGGGCCAGGGCUGGGGCACCGGCGGCUGGAAGGGUGGCAUCAUUCAAAGGCUGGACAGCGACUUGUUGCACACCAGGGGUGACAUCCAACAGCUGCGUACAGAGAAAGAGCAGCUCACGGCGGAGAAGAACAGCCUCGUGGCAGAGAAGAACCAGCUUCGUGACGAGAAGGACGCAGCUCUGGCCAGGGCACAAGAGGCCGAGCAAAAGCUCGAGAAGAUCCAGAAGGAGAAACAGGAAAUGGUGGACAAGCACUCUCGCGAGACAGAGAAGGCCUCGAGCAUGCUGACGGAGGUCAAUGCUGCCUGGCAGAGGGACACCAAGCAGUGGGAGGAUCGGCACAAAAUCACAAAGCGCAUGCUGGAGGAGUCCGAAAAGUCCAACAAGAAGCUGAAGGAAAACCAGGAGGCGGAAUACAAUCUGCGGGAGAAGCUGCGAAAGGAGAGGGACAACUACAAGGCCAUGAGCGAGCGGCUGGAAAAAUCUCUGGCGACGGAGCAGAAGGACCACAAGAUUGCGGUCUCCAAGUUGAAGGAUGAAACCAGGGAAAACGGCAAGCUGAAGAAGCGCUUGAGUAAGCUAGAGUCGCAGGAGAAUGCCUGA